UUAACUGUUUUGUUUCUGUUUCUAAAAUGUAGGCCUGGUUUUCUCCCAGAUCCUAAUGAUGGCAGUUUGUACGUUCUUGGUGGAAAACAUAAGGAGGGCUUGAUGAAACUGCCUUUUACCAUCCCAGAGCUGGUUCAAUCCUCACCCUGCAGAAGCUCUGAUGGCAUGCUCUACACAGGAAAAAAACAUGACGUGUGGUUUGUAGUGGAUCCUGAAACGGGCGAAAAGCAAACAAGUUUAACCACCUCCUCCUCUGAGUCCAUCUGUCCCAACACUCCUUUGCUCUACAUUGGACGCACCGAGUAUAUGGUUACCAUGUUUGAUACUAAGAUACAAGGGCUUCGAUGGAACGCUACGUACAACGAUUACUCUGCUCAUCCUUAUGAUGAGAAGCAAAACUACAAAAUGGCUCAUCUGGUGUCUAGUGGUGAUGGUCUUGUGGUGACCGUUGACCGGGAAUCAGGCGAUGUCCUGUGGACUCAAAACUACGGUUCACCUGUUGUAGGGGUAUACCUCUACUAUGAAGAGUCACUGAGACAUGCCCCUCACCUCUCGCUUGCCAUGGAGACGCUGCGCUUUCUCACCUUCUCCUCUGCUAAAGACCAGACAGAAGCUCACUCUACGUUAAAAUGGAGCUACCAGUUUGUGACGGAGCAAGCCAGAACACAAACCCAAUUAAUGUAAGAACAUUUCCAUUGCUCCCAUUAAAAUGAAGAUUGUGUCUGGUAGGAACAAGUCUCCAUGAAGGAUUCUUGCAGAUCCAAAUAGUUGGAUCUGCAAGAAAACUUCGUUAUAGGGCCGAACGUUAAUGGCAUAAAACUCAACUUCAUGUUUGUUAUGAAAUCUAUAAAGAAAGACUGCAAAGCUAUCACUCUACACUAAAACAUGCAAGGGAAAAAUUCUUUGUGGAAAUCAUAAACAACAACAUUAACGAUGCUCAAGCUUCAUUUGCAACAGCUGACAGGCUCACAAACCCUCCUGUGAUUGUACCACCUGAACUCCAAUCAAACACGGCCUGCAAUACAUUUUCUAACUUCUUUGAAGAGAAAAUUAACAAAAUUACAGGAUUAAUCUGCACAUAAAUCUAAAUCUAGUACCAAUGCUAUGUACAAACAUAACAAAACAUAAAUAAUGACUCAGUUUCAACUACUUAACUAUAAAAAGUUAGGAUAAAUUAUAAAUAAAUUAAACUUCACUUAAUGAUGUCUUGAUAAAAUACCCACAACUUAAGAAAGUUGUCUGUUAUUCCAUCUGAUGUGACUCAAAAAUUUAGAAAAGUGCUGUGCACAAAAAAAAAAAAAAUCGGAUGCUUAAAGCCGUGCGCACAUAUGUGGCUGUGCACCUUUCCUUUAUAAAUCCUAAUUUGAGGGAAGUAGAGCGCAGCUGCUCUCCCGCACUGUCGCCACCCUUAAAUACAUAUGUAAAUUCAUAUAAAUACCCGGAAGUCUGCCAUCACAUGAAGCAAUAACCAUGGCAAUGUCCUUGCUUGUAGCAGCAUAAGUAUUUAUAAUAAUAAUUCUAUAUUUUAUGUAAAAUGUGCUUUCAGGGCACAAGGUCACCUCACAAAAACAAAAAUAAUACAUUUUAAAGAAAAAAAAAAUCCAAAUAAAAAAAAAAAUAAAUAAAGAGAUCGUGCAAAUGCCUGUUUGAACAGUAGCACAUCCAGCAGGGAUUUAAAGAAUGACAGCUUGUCAGAGAGCCCUUUGAAUGGGAAUGUGGAUGUUUAUGCUAAAUAGUAGAAUCAUCUGCAGAAGUUGUACAUUUACAGAAUAGAGAUGCUUUCUGUCCAUAAAGGUACAUUCUCACAAAGCCAGUGGCUCCACUGAAGGAUGGCUGCAGCUGGACCGGUACCGGUACCACAUGGCUCCUUCUUUAAGUUCUGCUCGGAGCUCCAGGAUGAUCAGUCCAGGCAAUCUAAACGCUAAUAAACCAUCAACAUUUCCCAGCAGACCAAUAUGAUCUCUGAUCAAUCGCUCCCUCUGAAUCCUUCGAUUUGGGAUGUUCUCCACCAGAGCCAAAGCACUGUGCCACAAUUACGUUGUGCCACGAAAUUGUGGCGCAGCGCACAGGUGUGCCCCUUGGUGCAGCUACUUAUGUAUGUGUGAUUGUAUACACACCUUGAUCACCUUAAAAUAAUCAAACCUGUUUGAAGUUAAUCUGCUGAUCCAACCCUGUUUCCUUUUUUUUAGUGAGAAUGAAAUUACCCCAAAGAUUCAUUUCAUGCACUCCGAUGCACAGACCAGUGUGUUAGAUCUUUAUGAGAGACAAAAACUGAGGAAGAGUGCUAUUUACAUUAGAGUGAGGUUUUUGCAUCUUUUUAUUUUUAUUUUCUUUAUUUUGUGUGUGUGUGUUAUGUUAUUGUCUGAGGAUAUAUGCGAUUCAAUUUCAUCGUUUACAUUUAAACAAUAAAAUAUUAAAAUCAUGAAAAAAACAUCGGGUUUUGAUGCUGCUUGGUUUAAAUAACUGAAUGUCGUCAAAUUUCAGUGUAUUUAGGUGAGUUUUGACGCUUUGUAGUUUUAUAUUGACCACAGAAAAAGUUUGCGUGGCUGCUGCACAUUUUCACGCUAGUGAAAAAGUAUGCGUAUAUUUACUCAAACUUAGACGCAAAGUUAAUUUUUAUACAUUCCGGCUUGUGCGUAAAAAUAUGGUGCCGCACAUUUUUUGUGCUCACACAGCUUUAUGCAUGAGGCCCCAGGUGUUUUCCCCCAGGGUUUAAAAACAGCAGUUAUCAAACCACUGAUAAAAAAGAAUGAUCUGGAUAAAUCACUAUUGCAGAAUUACAGGCUGAUCUCCAACCUUCCAUUCAUCAGCAAAAUUAUUGAAAAAAUUGUUUUAAUAGUUAAAAAGUUUGUUAACAAUUACCAAUCACUUUGACGUCUUUCAGUCUGGUUUCCGUGCUCACCACAGGAUUGAGACUGGUCUAGUCAAAGUGUUCAAUGACAUCACAGUUUCCCACAGUGUAUUACAAGACAUGUUUUACUAGCUCCCCCACAAAACCCCCUUCACCAGGCUA